AUGAAUUCUUCUUUUCUUUUUCUUUUAUAUUUUAUUGAAGGUUUACUUCUUGUAUGCUAUGUUAUCUAUACUCAACCAGCAGCUAUAUCAUCACCAUUACUGGAUGAACAAGUCAAUUUAAUGAAACGUCGUAUUGAUGCUCAUGCGCGUACAUCUAUUCCUCUUUUUCGAGGAUCAAAUUUAGGUAUUUUUGUACGCAAACGUCCUCAUUCACUAUUGUCUGAACAUUCAACAAUUCGACGAAGAGAUAUUCAAUCAUCAAGUAACGAGGACAAUAUUUUGGCUGAAUUAUUAUACAACAAUGAACAAUUACAACGACGUUUUGAUGACUAUUCAGAAAACCCAGGUCCGAUGUUCGGCCGAUAA